AUGGACACUAUGGAUGCCGGCAGUAGGCAGAGCAUCGGCUUGCCGUCAAUCAACCACAUGGAUACCGACAGAGUAAAGCGCGAAGAGGUCGAGUAUCAGAGAAAACACUCUGUCGCCGCCGCCAUGCCUAGUCCGAUGCAUCCCUACGCGGGACCGCCGCAUCUGCAUAGCAAUCACCAAUCGUCAGUCGCCAGCGCAGUACCCGGCUCGCUUGGAGGCCUACUGUCUCCUCCCGAAUCACGAAGGACGUCUGGCGACGAGAAAGAGACGCAACGACCGACGGCCCGUCAAUCGCUGCCUUCAAUACACGAGGCCCUAGGUUCGGAACAGCCGCUGUCAUAUCCAUCUACAGUGCCUCCACCUUCAGCGGUAACUUCAGCGCCCCAGCACUAUCAUCCACAUUCCGCUGCUGCUUCACCCGCUGAACCACGGCCACGACCAUUUCCAUCCGAUCCUCAGCACGCCAGCCAAGGACCUUCUAAUCCCUUCACCUAUCCGCGAAGCCCAUUCGUCGGUGCACCAGCAUCACCUACAGUCUCCCGGCAGCCGCCGCAAGUCCAGUCAGAUUCUCUGCCCCGCCCGCCCUUUUCAGAACCACGGCCACCCUAUUCUACUCCUCAACACAAUCCGAAACUGCCCACCCUACACCCACUUAAGACCACGCAAUCUCCGCCACCAAGCGUUGCUCGUCCCGACGCUCCUUACUCAUCUUAUCCCCCACCACCAUCAGCCACUUACGAGAGCCCUGCUCCUUCCUCGGCGGGACCCAUGAACCAUCAUUAUCCGUAUACGCAGCAUCCUAACUAUCCUUCAUCCACGCCUUCAGCAAGUGCUUCCAACUCGGCUUACCCCCCAGCCAGCUCAACUUACUCGGCUCCACCUCGGUAUGCUCCGCAACCGUGGCAGGAUAAUUCAGAGAUGGCUCGGCUAGAAGAGAAGAAGAUUGGUCGCUCAAGCUUAGCACCCUAUGGCGAGUCGGUCAAGCGACAUCUAGAGAGCUUUGACCUUGAGGCUUCUCUCAACGAGAUGGCCGAUGGAUCCGGACGCAUUGCCGAAUUUUCAAAAGUCUACCGACAACGUGCGCAUGAGAACCAACGCAUUGGCUUGACACCACAGUCGAUGCCAAGGUUAGACGAGGUCGAUGAUAUGAUCAAGCAGAGCGAGAGAAUCCAGAUGUCACUUCAACGGAUGCGAGAAGUCGUCUUCAACCACCACCAGGCGAGCAUCGUAGAGCCUCCCCAAGACCCACGCUACCGUCCGAUGAAUGGCUAUGAUGACAACGCAAGCAACUACGGCGAUGACACCAAGGGCAUGGGCGGCUUUGCUGGUGGUGACAAUAAGACCCGGAAGCGAGGUCGGGCCGCACCGCCAGGACGUUGCCAUAGCUGUAACAGAGCCGAGACCCCUGAAUGGCGAAGAGGGCCAGACGGUGCUCGAACCUUGUGCAAUGCUUGUGGUCUACACUACGCCAAGUUGACUCGCAAAAUGGGUGGCAAGCAAGCGAUGACAAGCUCAAAUUUACGACCCAAGUCCGUUGACCAUGGCUCACCAACGAUGUGA